GGGGGCUCUGACUCUGUCGGCAAAUCGCGGGGCAUUGUGGGGCGGAGGCGGCCUUUCUCUGCGUCCAGGCGAUCGGGAAAUCUUCAAGUAAAUAACGUUAACAGGGGGAGGAACUGCCUGAGCGAAGCCUGCGGGGAGAAAAAAAUCCAACACAUCGAGGUUGUGUUGCGCUGAGCCUUAAUUAAUUAAAAAAAACAUCUUAAUAUUACACAAAUAUGGGGCAAGAGGAUCUCAUGAACACGGCCGAAGACGUGGCAGACCAGUUCUUGCGGGUAACCAAACAGUACCUGCCCCACCUGGCACGUCUUUGUCUCAUCAGCACCUUCCUGGAGGACGGCAUCCGCAUGUGGUUCCAGUGGAAUGAGCAGAGAGACUACAUCGAGGCUACCUGGAGCUGCGGCUACUUCCUGGCUACGUGCUUUGUGCUACUUAACCUCAUAGGACAGUUGGGUGGUUGUGUCCUCAUCCUCAGUAGAAAUUUUGUACAGUAUGCCUGCUUUGGAUUAUUUGGCAUCAUAGCGCUACAGACUGUCGCAUACAGCAUUUUAUGGGAUCUUAAAUUUUUGAUGAGAAACCUUGCCCUCGGAGGUGGUCUGCUCCUGCUGCUGGCUGAGUCUCGUUCGGAAGGGAAGAGCAUGUUUGCUGGAGUCCCCUCCAUGGGAGAGAGUUCGCCGAAGCAGUACAUGCAGCUGGGCGGACGAGUACUGCUAGUGCUCAUGUUCAUGACUCUGCUACACUUCGACUCCAGCUUCUUCUCUAUCCUGCAGAACAUGGUGGGGACUGCUCUCAUCAUCCUGGUGGCCAUCGGCUUCAAAACCAAGCUAGCGGCAUUGACCCUCGUCGUGUGGCUUCUGGCUAUCAAUGUCUACUUCAACGCUUUCUGGACCAUCCCCGCCUACAAGCCCAUGCACGACUUCCUCAAGUACGACUUCUUUCAGACCACCUCUGUCAUUGGCGGCCUGCUGUUGGUGGUGGCACUUGGGCCCGGCGGAGUGUCCAUGGACGAGAAAAAGAAAGAGUGGUAGGCAAAAGGGGGUUAAGAUACGAGGAUUGCACAGCAUCACUGACUUCCCCCCACCGACUGGGACACAAAGACCCUCCCUCUCCUCCAGUUCAUCCAACCUGGGUACACACGUUUUUUUUUUUUCUAGCUUAUUUUUUUAUUUGGCCAAAUCCGUAGACACUGCCUCACGCAUCAAUGGACCUUUUUUUUCAGUUUUCUUCCCAACUGCUGUUUUUGUUUUUUAGUUGAAAAUGGUAAUGCCAUAUUUUUUCUAAACCCUUCUUGUAUGUCCUUUUUUUCAUGACAGCAAGAAUAAAAAAGGCCCACGUAUUUCAAAGUGCAAGGUAAACAAUUAAUGGAUGAUAAGUGAAAGAAAAAAAUAUUUGUUCUGUCUGAAGAAAGAAUGAAAGAAAUGUAUUGUUUUAUGGGUGUCAUGCCAUAGUUGUUAUGGUUUAAUUUUCAUAUUUACUGAAUAAAACCGACAAAGUGGAGAGAGCGCAGCAGUUUGGGUUCCCCCAUGGAUGCUGAUCUUUUUCUGCCAUUGGAUCUGGGAGCGUCUGAGAUUUACUCACCAUACUGAUCCUGAGACCUUGGGCACUUAUUUGGCAGCAACUCGCCUUGACUCCCCAGGUUUCACCUGCCCUCAGUUUGUUUUUGUUUUUUUGUUGCUGAGACUCCAACCCUUUCCAUACAUUCGUACACCUUCAUUCUCAACUGACUGUCAACUCUUUGUUAAUGGGGAGUCGAUUCUGGGGCGGGGCGUGUACAUUGUAUACUAAGUGGUGGAUUGCAGUCAUGCUUGAUUGAAAGUUGCAACACAGUUGUUAGCUCCAGGACUUGUUAUUGGGCACUUUGUUCUGUAUGUCUUUGGCAAAUGCCUAACUAGUGAACUGUAUAUGAUUGGGGAUAAUAGGGGGGGAGGCUCAACGUUUGUGAAACACCAUAUUCUGAGAUCUAGAAAAGCAAAGAGGACUAAGCAGAGGCACUAGCCACCUGGACUUUGUCUUUGCUCAGUGUUUUUUGCCUUGUGUAAGAAAAUAAAAAGAUUAUUCAGUGUAUUGA